CACUAAAAUUGGCUAUGCUGGGAACACUGAGCCACAGUUCAUAAUACCAUCAUGUAUUGCAAUCAAAGAGUCAGCAAAAGUUGGUGACCAGGCACACAGAAGGUUGAUGCAGGGAGUGGAUGAUUUAGACUUUUUUAUUGGAGAUGAAGCUAUAGAUAAGCCAACUUACGCAACAAAGUGGCCAAUAAGACAUGGUAUAAUUGAAGACUGGGAUUUGAUGGAAAAGUUUAUGGAGCAGGUCAUAUUUAAAUAUCUACGCGCUGAACCAGAGGACCAUUUUUUUCUAAUGACAGAGCCUCCUCUGAACCCUCCAGAGCACAGAGAAUACCUGGCAGAAAUCAUGUUUGAAUCGUUUAAUGUACCAGGCAUGUACAUUGCUGUGCAGGCCGUUUUGGCUUUAGCAGCGUCCUGGACUUCAAGGCAAGUUGGUUCGCGGACACUUACAGGAGUUGUCAUAGACAGUGGGGAUGGUGUCACUCACGCAAUUCCAGUGGCUGAAGGUUAUGUCAUUGGGAGCUGCAUAAAGCACAUCCCCAUUGCAGGCAGAGAUAUCACGUAUUUUAUUCAGCAGCUCCUGAGAGAGCGGGAGAUAGGAAUUCCUCCUGAACAAUCAUUAGAAACAGCAAAGGCAAUCAAGGAAAGGUAUUCCUACAUCUGCCCAGAUAUCGUUAAAGAGUUUUCGAAAUAUGACGCAGAUCCUGAUAAAUGGAUCAAGAAAUACAGAGGUAUUAAUGCUAUCAACAAAAAGGAAUUUCUUAUAGAUGUUGGCUAUGAGAGGUUCCUUGGUCCUGAGAUCUUCUUUCAUCCAGAGUUUGCCAACCCUGAUUUUGUGCAGCCCAUUUCAGACGUAGUGGAUGAAGUAAUACAGUAUUGCCCCAUAGAUGUCAGGCGGCCAUUAUACAAGAAUAUCGUCCUUUCAGGAGGAUCCACAAUGUUCAGGGACUUUGGACGACGUUUACAGAGGGAUCUGAAGAGAGUGGUAGAUGCGAGGUUAAAACUUAGUGCAGAGUUAAGCGGUGGCAGGAUAAAGCCCAAACCAAUUGAAGUUCAAGUGAUAACACAUCACAUGCAACGCUAUGCAGUUUGGUUUGGAGGAUCCAUGCUGGCUUCAACACCUGAGUUUUUCCAAGUGUGCCACACUAAGAAGGAUUAUGAAGAAUACGGUCCCAGUAUCUGUCGCCACAACGCCGUUUUUGGAGUCAUGUCAUAAUGUUUGCCUUUCAGCAUUUAAACACCAUAGGAUAAAUAGCACAGACAGAGAGAUAUUUACUACUGCAGGAGCUUGGCAUGCUGUUGUAGGAGCUGGGUAAGCUCCUACUGCAGUCAGAGCCUUUUCAAGUGAAGCCAUUAUGUGCUGACUGUUUUCCCGGAGCUAUUUAUCGUCCUUUGUAACCAACAGAGCAUAUUUUGUGAAAAGGUUCAUUCACUAUUGAAAUAUUUGAGCUUUGAAUGAGGAAGAAAUAAAAUAAAGGUGUCUGCAAAAAAACAAUUAAAUAAAGCAGGGAACGCUUUAAUAUUGUAUGUACAGUAUAUACAGAGAGUAUAAUCCUUAACAUGCACACAGAUUUGUGUUUAUAUUUCAUAGCAUUUUAUAUUGCAUAACAACUGACAGAAUGAUCAGAAUUGGAAAGCUACUUCAGUGGUGCGGUGGUGUCUUGAAACCAAAAAAGUGUCUAGUUUAAGUUAUGAAACGUGAAAAUAUAGUAUGUUUUAACUUAUCUUUCAGAUGAUUUAGUUUAAUCCAUGCUUUGCAGACUGUUAUU